AAUUUUCAAUAGUUACAUCUCUAAUGAAACUGUAAGUUUUGUUGUGAAGAAUUGUAUAUCGUUGUCUUGAUUUUAAGUAGCCUAUUUUUAACAUUGCUAGUGGCACUGACUAUAAACUUCAUACUUUUGGUAAUUAUUCUGAGCUUGUAUAAAGUUAUUGUGGUAAAUUAAGCGAUAUAGCAUCUUUUCCAUUACUGUAGGUUUGUCGUAACAAAAAAGUUUGUGCUUUUGGCCUAUCAGUACAGCAGGCAGUGUGGAAAUAUUUUAAGCGACACAGCAUCUUUUCCAAUUUUGUAGGUUUGUCGUAACCCAAAAGUCCUUUUGGCCAAUCACCAGAUCAGCCAAGUGUAAAAGACAUCAUGUUCUUCGAAGAUAAAGGGGAGUUCUACAUUGUAGACUUACACACACCUGAAGGAUUACAAGUAUGUGUGGUGCCAGAUAUUUGGUAUUACUACGUAGACGACAAAUUCUGCUGUGUUUGGCCACAUUUUCAUCAGACAAAGGAAAUCAGAGUAGGACUCAACCCAAGAGAGAGUGGGCCUCAUUCUAUGCGGAUAAGAGAAAUAAGACUUUUGGAAGCUACAACGAAGCUAAAGCCAAAGAAAUUACUGCCACUCAAAAGACAGAUUUAUCUACUGAGCCCGAAGAUCUUGGAAGGGGUAAGAGGGUUCGCAGGAUGAGGAGACCAUUUUCUCCUGCAAUUGACUACCAUCUUGACUCAUCGUCGUGUAGCGAAGAAGAAGGUGCUUCACAACUGAUGAAAAAUGGAUUGCCUCCUGCCCCAUUCUUAUUGCCGGUCGCCCAGUCAACGGCCCUUUCAGAUGAAGGUACACCAGGAUAUUAUAGUUCGCUACCAAACGAAGAGAAUGCAGUAUCACCAACUCAAGAGAUCUGCAGUGAGUUAAUCAGUGCACCAAUCACUUCUCCACAGUCUAGCAAUGAAGUUGAAGAUCGUUCUAUGCAAAUCCAUGGACAAGUUCAACGCAUGAAUUCAGGCGCUUCUGGCUCAACUUAUACAGAGAAUGUCGUUGCUGGGUCCUCCGUCACUCCAGCAUGUGGUUCAUCUGGGACAAAAUGUCAAGUUGGCGCGCCGUGCCGUGCAGAAACCCCUAGUUGCCUAGUAACUUUAUUACAUUCACGUGUAUUAACAUGUAUGUCUGUCCUUAAUUAAUAAAGUUGGUUACGAGAA